AUGGAAGAUCUCCCUCCCGACAAACGACCUUUAGGCAGUCAGUGGGUGUAUAAAAUCAAAUAUAACUCCGAUGGAAGUAUUGAACGACUAAAAUCCAGAUUAGUCGUCUUUGGAAAUCAUCAAAAGGAGGGUAUUGAUUAUACCGAAACAUUUGCUCCAGUUGCUAAAAUGGUCAUAGUUAGAGCUUUUCUUGCUAUGUCCACAAUUCCUUUCUUCAUGGUGAUCUUGCGGAGGAAGGUGUCGUGCAAAUUAAUGUCCUUGUAUAUGUGGAUGAUCUCCGUUGCGUUAAGGGCUUUCAAAGCAUAUCUUAUUGAUUGUUUUCAUAUGAAAGAUCUUGGUACUCUGAAAUAUUUUUUGGGAAUUGAAGUGGCUCGUAGCUCUUCAGGCUUGUUCCUAUGCCAGAUAAAAUAUACUCUUGAAAUCAUUACAAAAGCAGGACUAUUGGGAUCAAAGCCAGCCGGCUUUCCCAUGGAGCAGAAUCACAGGCUUGGCUUAGCAAGCGGUCCUCUUCUUGAUGAUCCGGAACCAUAUCUCAGACUUGUUGGUAGGUUGAUUUAUCUUGCUGUCACUCGGCCCGAUUUAGCAUAUUCCGUUCAUAUUUUGUCUCAGUUCAUGCAUGCUCCAAGAACUGAACAUUGGGAGGCAGCUCUGCGAGUUGUAAGAUAUUUGAAAGGAACUCCGGGUCAAGGAAUUUUUCUACGCUCAGACAGUGAAUUAACCUUGCAGGGUUGGUGCGAUUCAGAUUGGGCUGCGUGUCCCUUGACACGUAGAUCUUUGACAGGGUGGAUAAUAUUUCUUGGUAAGUCACCUAUUUCUUGGAAAAUUAAAAAGCAGAAGACGGUCUCUACAAGUUCUUCGGAAGCCGAAUAUCGUUGUAUGUGCGCUACCACAAUGGAGUUGAUGUGGUUGAAACGGCUACUGUUGAGCUUAGGAGUACAACAUCCUAAGGCUAUCAAGCUAUUUUGUGAUAGUCAAUCUGCUUUGCACAUUGCAAAGAAUUCGGUUUUCCAUGAGCGGACGAAGCAUAUUGAAGUUGAUUGUCACUUCGUCCGAGAUGCUAUUUCAAAAGGUUUUAUUGAUCCAUCCUAUGUUUCUACACGUGAACAAGGCCCACAUCUUUACAAAAGCUCUCGGUAA